AUGGAGUCACAAACGGGUUUCAGGGCUCAGCCAAGUUCUAGUUCAGAAGAGCGGCCAGUCAUCGUUGGUGCCUGCGACAUGUGUCGGAAGAAAAAGAUCCGCUGCGAGCCUACUCCACAAGGAUGCAGUCCAUGCACCAAAUAUGGCACAAGGUGUCAUUUUACGCCAAUUGCAAUGAAGAAAAAGACUCGCAGACCAGCUGGCUUCAAAUACAUCGCACAGCUCGAGAAAAGACUUUUAGGAGUAGAGGCGUUGCUAGGAGAGAGGUCGCUGGGAAAGCCAAUUGUACAUGACAUGAACUCGCGUAAAGAGCAGACGACACACACAGCAUUUCUUAAUACAGCGGCAUUGAUCAAAUCUCCCAAUGGAAAUAAUCCAUGGGCACCAGAGAAAUUACACACAGUUUCUCUGCCAGCGCGGCAGCAGCUUCCCACAAAAGCAGUCGCUAUAGAGUUGAUCGAGGAAACUUUCAACAACUAUAAUAGGUUCCUUCCACUUUUUGACGAAGAGGACUUCUUGAAAGAGUUUCAACUCAAGUACUCGACGUCCAACCCUAGAGAUGCUGGUUGGUGGGCAUGCCUGAAUGUUGUGCUGUCGAUAGCUCAUCGUCUCCGCUCCAUACGCGCAAAAGAUCCGACACAGGAUCACAUUCUAGCUUUUGGUUAUGUGCAAAACGCCCUCAGUGUCGUCUCUGAGCUGAACGUCUCUGACCGCAGUCUCUCUGCCGUCCAGGCUCUGGCGGGCAUGGCUUGCAUUCUUCAGGGCACACCGGAUCCGGAGCCAGCUGCAAUGCUCGUUGCUGCUGCUCUCCGCUUGGCACAAGCUAUGAAUCUGCAUAGAGAAUGCUCCGGUCCAGGGCUCAUGGAAUCGCAAGCCGAGAAGCGGAGGCGGGUGUUCUGGAAGGUGUACAUUCUUGACAAGGAUAUCAGUCUACGGACGGGCCGACCCUUUGGUCAAGAUGACGAUGACAUGGAUGUACGUCUGCCAUCAAACACAAGUCUUGAACCAGGUAAUAUGGACCUCUUCAACUGUCGCAUAGGGCUUGCGCUGGUUCAGGGGCAGGUAUAUAAACAACUGUACUCGGUACAGGCUGGACGACAAACGGCGACACAGAGGGCGAUUGCUGCACAAGAACUGAGCUCUUUAUUAUCUUACUGGAAGUCCAGCGCUCAGCUAGAACUACCAGAGGACUCUACGACAUUCUCAGGGGCCCAGCUAUCAGGCGAGAUGAUCCACAAGGUGGUCUUAAGACUCACAUAUAUUCAUUGCCUCGCAAUGAUUGAUCACCACUUGCCCCCGGCGGCGCAAUCUUCCUCCAACCAAGAGCUCAGUCGGUCUGAACCAUCAUCAUUUCCAAGCAGUCUUUGCGUCGCUGAGUCACGCAAAGCGAUCCGUCUCGUUGAAUCCAUCCCUCAAGGAGACUGCGCCUGUGUCUGGAUGCUCCUUCACGCUUUCUUCGCUGCGGCCAGCAGUAUGCUCUAUAAUUUAACACAAAAUCCUAUGUCGCCUGACGCAAUUUCAGAUCUCGAUCUCGUUGAGCCAUUUCUGCGUCUGUUGGAGACACUUGCCAGGGAUCCAAGGACACUAUCACAGUCCGACGAACUGGUACGAAUGCGUCGCACUUGCAACAGCCUAAACCUUGAAGCAAAAGAGGCUGUUCAACUUUUCAGUUUGAGGCCUCUAGCGUCCUCUACAUGA